AUGGCCAAGCCGCCGCCGACAGAGGGGGAGGCGGAGGACGCCGCGGCGCUGCGGCGGCGGCUGCGGCGGCUGGUGGCUUCCGCCACCGCCGGCGGCGCCCCCGCGGCCGUGUUCGACGAGGCCGCCGCGGCGCUCGCGGCGCUGAGGGAGGCGGAGGUCGGCGGCGGCGGGAGGAAGGGCGCGGCGGGAGGGGGCGGGGAGGAGGCGGCGGCGGCCGUCGUCCCGGCGCGGUUCCUGUGCCCGAUCUCGUCCGAGAUCAUGAGGGACCCCGUCGUCAUCGAGUCCGGCCAGACCUAUGAUCGGCAGUUCAUUGAGGAGUGGUUUAGUGCAGGAAACCAGAUAUGCCCACAGACCCAACAAGUGCUCUCACACACCAUUCUCAUUCCUAACCAGCUUGUCCGUACCAUGAUCUCACAGUGGUGCAUGGAAAAUGGGAUCACUUUACCACAGAUUGAGAGCCAAAAUGGAGAUCGUGUUAUUUGCCAAAAUGAAGAUCGUGUUAUUUGUCAAAAUGGAGAUCGUGAUAUUUGUCAAAAUAGUGAGCAGAAAAAAUUUGAUGAAAUAUUUGUCAAAAUAACUUCUGCAACAAGCAGUGGUGAACGGAAGCAAGCAAUCAAGGAUCUUCGGCUUCUUACAAAACGUAACAGUGAAUUCAGAGUUGUUUUAGAACAGAGACCAGAUUCCAUUGCACAAAUGAUCUUGGCACGGUCCACCCCAGGAUUACAAAAUGAUGCACAAGUACUGGAGGACAUGGUGACUAUAAUUCUCAACUUUUCGAUCCAUGAUAGCAAUAAGAAGAUCAUUGGAGAUGAUUCAGAAGCAAUCCAAUUUCUCAUUUGGGCACUGAAAUCAGGAGAUAUGGGGAGCCGUAGCAACUCUGCAGCUGCCAUCUUUACUCUGUCAGCUAUCGACUCAAACAAGGAGAAGAUUGGUGAGUUAGGGGCAAUGGAGCCUUUGAUUGAUCUCCUUGAACAUGGCAACAUCAUAGCAAAGAAAGACGCAGCAUCUGCGAUUUUCAAUCUUUGUCUUCUCCAGGAGAACAGGUCAAUAGCCACAAGAAGUGGGAUCAUUGAUGUGGCAAUGAGAGCCAUCGAAGAUCACUCCCUUGUUAACGAGUCCUUAGCUAUACUUGCUUUGCUAUCAAGAAAUCAUGAGAUGGUGGAGAUCAUCACCGAGUUUAAUGGUACCGCUUCCAUGCUCCGUUCGAUAAGGGAGAGCGAUUGCAAGCGCAGCAAAGAGAAUGCGAUGGUAGUUCUCUUCGCUAUAUGCACGUACAACAGGACAAAGCUGAAGGAGGUCGAGGCAGAUGAGAGCAUAAAUGGUUCCCUGGCAUUACUUGCACAAACUGGAACUCAAAGGGCAAGGAGGAAAGCUUCUGGCAUCCUUGAGAAGAUGAAGAGGACGAUGCACAAUAGGCAUUGUUCAUGUUAGCUCCAGCGACAAAGAUGGAAGUUGGAGGAAUGAUGAACAAUGAGGAUGCUCAUUUGAUGUAUACAUAUAUAGCUAUUUUCCUUUUUAGUAUAUAGGCGAUUCGCAUAUGCAUAGAUGAUAGUAAAGAGUAUUGUUGGUAUUGUCUGUUUUUUGGAAUCUUGGCCAUUUGAACAGGCAGCCGAUUGAAUUUUUCUCCAGCUUAGCAAUCCACAGCAUGCUGAGCAAAUUUUGCUUUUGAUUCAAAAGAAAUAUAUGAAUUUUGCUUGCUAA